AUGUCUUUCAGCCACACAUCUCGCGACCGCAAGGGCAGCCAUGUCUCGGAAAAGCUGGGGACCAUCACGGUCGAAGUCGCCGACACAGAGCUCGACAAGCUCGACGAGUACGAGGAGGUAAUCGCGGCCGAAGCCGAAUUCACGGAGGCCGAGUACAAGCGCCUCCUACGCAAGAUUGACCUUGACAAAACCUCCCUCUCCUCCGGCGUAAUCUUCGGCCUUAAAGAGGACACACACCUCACAUCCCAGGAGUAUAACAACCUCAACUCGUUCUUCUACAUGUCGUAUGGCGUGGCCCAGAUCCCCAUGGGAUGGGUCAUGCAGCGCUUCCCACUCGGCAAGGCCCUCAGCGUCUGCGUGAUCCUGUGGGGCGCAAUGGUCAUGCUCCUCGGCGCGUGUAAUCAUUAUUGGGACCUGAGUAUUGUGCGCGUGUUGCUAGGCUGGUUUGAAAGCGUCGUGACUCCGGGAUUCGUCGUCCUUACCAGUUCGUGGUAUCUCCGGCGCGAGCAGACCUUGCGCCAGGCCUGCUACUAUGCCAUGAACACAUUCUUCUCAAUCGUCUUCGGUAUCGCCAUCUACGGCAUUGCAGACAACGCCCACCGUAAGGGCGGUAUGGCGGCGUGGCGUGUCAUCAACCUCUUCCUCGGCGGGGUGACCGUCGGUAUCGGUAUCAUCCUGCUCUUCAUCAUCGGCACCCCCAACGAGGUCUGGUGGCUCUCGAAACGCGAAAAACUCAUGGCCAAAGCGCGUAUCGUGCAGAAUGCGACUGGUGGUGGCGAGCAACACCCCUGGAAAUGGAGCCAAGUCAAGGAAUGUCUCCGCGACCCCCAGUACUGGUUUGCAUGCGCGUACAACCUCCUCUCAUGCAUCCCGAACGGCGGCCUCGGCGCCUUCAACAACCUAAUCUACAAGAGUAUGGGCUUCACCAACCUCCAAGUCAUCCUGUAUUGCGUCGGUAACAUUGUCGGGACGCAGAUCUUCGUUCCUUCAGACGCGCCAAAGUAUCUCAAAGGCCUGAUCUCGUGCGGCGCCGUCAUGUGUCUCAACGCCAUCAACCUUGCUUGUUGGUGGAUGUAUUAUACGCGGACUAAUGCGCGGCGCGAGGCCCAGUUCCUGGCGUUGGGAAUAACUGAGGAGACGCGCGCGCAUGAGAGUCGCCUGGCGGGCGAGCUGGAUCUCACGGACCGCGAGAAUACUCAUUUCCGGUAUGCUUGCUAG